AUGAGCCCCUGCGGCCCGCGGGGGGUGGCGCUGGCGGGGCUGCGGGCGGAGAGGGGAUGCAGGGGCGCCGCUCGUCGGCCCCGGGGCAAGGUGGGAGGGGCUCGGCAGGCGCUGGUCCCCGCCGCCCCGGCCGGCUCAGCAGCGGCCCGGGGCACGCCGCCUGCUCCCGGGCUGCAUGCCCGCGAGCGCCUGGAGGAGCCGGCCCGGGAGCCCACGGCUAGUGCUUCCCCAGCCCAGCGGCUCGGGCGGCGCAGCCCGCGCUCGGGAGACAACUGCGAAGUCGGGCUGCUCGGGCCAGCCCCCUCCCUCGCCCGGCCCCCGCCCGCCGCCGCGGAGCGCGUCGCAAGUCCUUGCUUUUACAUGCGAGCGCACAGACUGCGAGUGGAUUCUCACGGGCUUUUCAAAAGAAUGUUUGACCACGGAGCACAGACAUACACUGGCGAGGACAGCGGGAUAUGUGCAGUGGCUGGAUCCCCCUCCAUGCCCCUUCUGGAAGCCCUGACUUUAUGGGGAGAGCUUUCGCCUGCAGAGAAGGGUGCAGCGUCAGUGGGGCUGCUGGGCUCGAGCCGGGUGGAAGGAGGCCCCGCGCCCAGCGCAGGGAAAGCAGGUGCAACCAAGACUGGAAGAAGCUGCGCAGGCUGGACGCCUCCCAGAGGCACUGUCUGCUCUUAUAAAUCCAGCGCGCUUGGUGUCAAGAAGCUCUCCACAGCUGGUGUUGUGCUCGACCCUGCGGCAGGAGUUUACUUAAGGAGCACAGCCUCUACCCUUCAGACACUUGCAGUCCAGUGGGAGAAAGACAAGAAGGUAAAACCAGUGCUUCUGCAAGUGCGGCUUGAAGGCCCGUCUCCCCACCUUCCCUUCCAACCAGACCGUGCUCAGAAGCCCUCAUGGACACUUAGGAGUUGACGCUGCAAGGUAGAGGGAAACAAGAGACAGAAGGAAAGGCUGUUGGGAGGAUCGUAACAUGGCAGGUGCUCGAUGGCCUCCCUUGCAAGGAAUGAAAAACAGCUUGAGGUAGUUUGAGGAAAGGGAGAUUUCGCUUAUGGUGCCAGUCAUCCCACAGAACCCAAAGGCAGGAGUCUCCCACCCUGGUCGCCUCGGGCUGGCUCCACUCCGCUGUUCCUGUUGGACUCGAGGAGACUUGGCAGAAUGAGCUUCAUCUGCAUGUGUUAUUUCUUGGUGAUCAGUUUCCUCUUGCCUCCUCUGAGGCACACAUUCAGGGAGGAGAUGGCUUUCGGAGGAGUGAUUCGUUCUUACGUACAUUUCCUGGAGAAGUUCCCAGAAGAACAUCGGGGCCCUCAAACCCACUGAUCUUUGCUGAGUGAUGAUGGAGAUGUAGCCCGGGUCCCCACACACAGCUGAGGGAGGGGACUGAUACCCCAAACCCGGGCUUCUGGAACAGUGGUUGGCUUUUCAGAAAGCUUGAGGUUCAUUGUCAACUAACAGGCUGUUCCUUACUCUGGAGGGUUUCUCUUUUUGUGCAUCCAUAUAUGUGCCUGAGUUGAAGCGCUUUUCUUAAAAAGUGCUAGUAGAAAGUAGUUGUUUUAAAAAUAUCCUUUCUUGGCACAAUAAAGAGCUAACAAAUGUG